CCAACCCACCCUAGUAAAUAUUAAAUCGUCUUUCUCUGUAUUUGAAUUGCAUAAAGAACUCAUGUCACUGCGUAACGGUCCUUAUCUCAUUAAAUACCAUGAGAAUCUGACAAGACCUUGAUAGCAUUGCUCUUCCUGACACCAACCGCGUUGUGCCAUCUUACAUCAGAAACGCACUUCACAAGCUCCUCCAGCUUCAACGGCAAAGCAAGUGAAGCGCGUUUUUUAAUUGUUUUAUUUUUCCCCCAUUGUGUACUAAAGAUAAUGCUGUUAAAUUCCUGUACCCGUGCAGAUGAAGCCUCAGUCACCGAGUUACCCUGAUCCAGCGAGCCUCUGACGAAAAAUAUUAUUCCAGUUCCACGUUUUCAAAGAGAUCCUUCCUUGACACCAGGAGGAAGUGAAAAGCUUUCAGUCUCAGCUCAUGGCCACUGUACAACAGAGAGCAUCAGUGUGUACCAAGGAAAAAGAGACAAAAUAAAGACUGUUGCAGAGGAGAAGACCUGAGAAUCUUUAGAAUCAUUCUGGAGGUUUCCUGUUCCAGGAAUGAAGGCUGAAGCCUGGCUGGUUCCCAGAUGAUAGAGUUGGACAGAGUUUCUGGCUGUUAGCUCCCCGAAUAAGCGCCUGGUUUUUCCCCUGUCUGAAGCAGGGUUGCUUGUUUUCUCCCCAGAGAGGUUUUAGCGUUCCUCCUCCCUGCCUUGUGGCAGUCUCUGGGUGCUUGUGGGUGCCCGUGUCCCUCGGCUUGUGCCCUUCUUUGAGAGGCUCCCUUUGCUUCUGUCUCUCCUGGCAAGAUGGCGGAUUUGGAGGCAGUGCUGGCUGAUGUGAGCUAUUUAAUGGCGAUGGAGAAAAGCAAAUCGACUCCAGCUGCCAGAGCCAGCAAGAAAAUUGUACUUCCAGAGCCCAGUAUACGCAGUGUUAUGCAAAAAUAUUUGGAGGAAAGAGAUGAAUUGACCUUUGAGAAGAUCUUCAACCAGAAAAUCGGAUUCUUGCUGUUUAAAGAUUUCUGUCUGAAUGAAAUUGAUGAAGCCGUUCCCCAGCUGAAGUUUUAUGAAGAGAUAAAAGACUAUGAAAAGUUGGACUCUGAAGAAGAUCGUUUAUGUAGAAGUCGACAGAUCUAUGAUAAAUAUAUAAUGAAAGAACUGCUUUCCUGUUCACAUCCUUUCUCCAAGCGAGCUGUGGAUCAUGUGCAAACCCAUUUGGCCAAGAAGCAAGUGCCACCCAGUCUCUUCCAGCCAUACAUUGAAGAGAUCUGUGACAGUCUACGGGGAAAAAUUUUUCAGAAAUUUAUAGAGAGUGACAGAUUCACUCGUUUCUGCCAAUGGAAGAAUGUAGAACUAAAUAUUCAUCUAACUAUGAAUGACUUCAGUGUACAUCGAAUAAUCGGAAGGGGAGGAUUCGGAGAGGUAUAUGGAUGCAGGAAGGCUGAUACUGGAAAAAUGUAUGCCAUGAAGUGCUUAGAUAAAAAGCGAAUCAAGAUGAAACAGGGAGAAACAUUAGCACUUAAUGAACGAAUUAUGUUGUCACUGGUCAGCACUGGGGAUUGCCCUUUUAUAGUCUGUAUGACCUAUGCUUUCCAUACACCAGACAAGCUGUGCUUUAUUCUCGACCUGAUGAAUGGUGGAGAUUUGCAUUAUCAUCUUUCACAGCAUGGAGUGUUCUCAGAGAAGGAGAUGAGGUUCUAUGCUGCUGAGAUUAUGCUGGGCCUUGAACACAUGCACAAUCGAUUUGUAGUGUACAGAGACUUGAAGCCAGCAAAUAUUCUACUGGAUGAACAUGGUCACGUAAGAAUAUCAGACCUUGGGCUUGCCUGCGAUUUCUCAAAAAAGAAGCCCCAUGCCAGCGUUGGGACACAUGGAUACAUGGCUCCAGAGGUGUUGCAGAAAGGUACAGCGUAUGACAGCAGUGCAGAUUGGUUCUCUUUGGGCUGCAUGCUCUUCAAAUUACUUCGAGGACACAGCCCUUUCCGGCAGCACAAGACGAAAGACAAGCACGAGAUUGACCGCAUGACGCUCACAAUGAAUGUGGAAUUACCAGAUUCUUUCUCUGUGGAGCUAAAGUCUCUUUUGGAAGGUCUGUUACAGCGGGAUGUUGCCAAGAGACUGGGAUGCCUAGGACGAGGUGCUGUGGAAGUGAAAGAACAUCCUUUUUUUAAAGGGAUUGAUUGGCAACAAGUCUAUUUGCAGAAGUAUCUGCCUCCCCUUAUUCCUCCCCGGGGAGAGGUGAAUGCAGCUGAUGCAUUUGACAUAGGAUCAUUUGAUGAAGAAGAUACAAAGGGCAUCAAGCUGCUGGAUAGUGAUCAGGAGCUCUAUAAAAACUUUCCUCUGGUGAUAUCGGAACGUUGGCAACAGGAGGUGGCAGAAACUGUGUAUGAUGCAGUCAAUGGUGACACAGAUAAAAAUGAGAUCAGAAAGAGAGCCAAGAAUAAGAUGCUUGGCCAUGAGGAAGAUUAUGCUCUGGGGAAAGACUGCAUCAUGCAUGGUUAUAUGCUGAAAUUAGGAAACCCUUUCCUGACGCAGUGGCAACGUCGUUACUUCUACCUCUUUCCAAAUCGGCUGGAAUGGAGAGGAGAGGGCGAGUCACGGCAAAGCUUGUUGACAAUGGAGCAGAUAGUGUCAGUGGAAGAGACUCAGAUUAAAGAUAAGAAAUGUAUCCUGCUACGGAUUAAGGGAGGAAAGCAAUUUGUGUUGCAGUGUGAGAGUGAUCCAGAGUUUAUCCAGUGGAAGAAAGAAUUAACGGAAGCCUUCAAUGAGGCUCAGAGGGUACUGCGGAGAGCCCCUAAGGUGCUGAACAAGUCACGUUCAGCAGUGGUAGAGCUGACCAAACCCCCUCUCAGCCAUAGGAACAGCAACGGGCUUUAGAAGAGAGCACUUGUGUGUGAGUGGGGGAGCAGAAACAAGAGACCUGAGGACGGUUUUGUGAAACUACUUCUAUAUCACCUCGUACGUGGUCCAGCGUGUUGUUAUUAGUUAAUUAUAUGAUCCCACAAAACAGGGUAUAUAUAUAUGUAUAGAUAUUUGUAUAUCUAUAUCUAUAUAUAUGCAUACAUAUAUGUAUAUAUGAAUGUAAGACUUUCAGAGCAGUUUGGCUGUUUAUUUUCUAUUGGAAGUAUUGAUGAACGAGUGUAGCACCUGUUAACUGCAACCACAGUGAUUACUGUGGUUAAUGAGCCAACUCCACAGGAAUGGACUGGAGGAUGUUGCCAAAUAAUUUUGGAGAAUUUAUUUUGUCAUGUGUCAUUGCGCCCUGGUGGUGUUCUUUGCUUCAUAUCGGAGGGUCGAAGGAACUUUCACGUACAAAGCAAGUGGCUGACUGGACCUGUGCUUCAGUCACUGAUUCACUCAACUUUAAUUUGCUCCUGGACUCCAACAUAUCACAAAGGACAUUGACACAUAUCGAUGGUCCGUCCGUCGACGUGGUUUUUCUGCUAUCAAAAUGUCAUUUGGUGACAUGUUCCGUCACCACUGCACCAUGUGCCAAUCAUCAUCAUCUGCCCUGGGUUUCUCUCAGUGUUUCAGACUUAGUGUCUUGCCACAUAUCUCUACCAGCUACUUCUUUUCAUACAUACCCAAAAUUGGGUGAUUGUAGACAUCAGGUGGAAGAUGGAUUGUUUUAUCUCCAUGGUAACCAGGUGCCAAUUCAUUUCUUGGUUUCCAGAGCAGUUACAUUUGAUUCUUGUUACACAGACUGUGAAAAACAAUGGUGCGUUGGUGCUUAAUUCCCUCCACCCUGUCUCAUAUCCCUGCUGAUUGCAAUGUUUAUAUGAAAGACAAGAGAAUGAUUGCGACCACACUGGAUUACCAAGUUUCCAAUGUGUUAAUACCGCUAUCUCUCAGCAGUUGUUAAGUUUUCAUUGGCUACUUGGAUGUUGCUUUGUGGCCUGUUUUAUUGAUAGGAUUUCACUGGUUGCUAGAUGACAACACUGUCACACUUCAUUGUCAAGUUUCCAUGGAUAACGAAUGACAAUAUAUGGCUCAGUGUGUUUUGCUAAGUGUCUAUGGUUACAGGAUAUAUAACUGUAGUUACUGAUUCAUGACCCAUUGUGCUUCUGUGAUGCCUGGUUCCAGCCAUAGACUAUUCUGCUACUGUUGGGCAAUUUUCAGUUACUGUACUUAAUUGGAUGCUGAUCUACAGAUCUAGUUUGUUCCUGGCUUCCCUCAACACAGAUAUUGAUCCAGAAUUACUGGACUCCAUUCCAUCAUCAAUUACUUACCAUAGUUUGAAGGAUUUUGAAAUCAUUGUGUUGAUGGGACAUUAACCCACACUCUAUCCCAAAUCCUUUACUUCAGUGCAAUAAAAAUAUUUAGGAAUCCCUACAUUCUACAAUACUUCUGAUCCACAUAGCACAUAAUUUGUUUUGUAAAGUCUUUGCCCCGUUCCCACCAUGAAGUGCAAAGUGCCAAUGGACUUUACAAAUUAAGGAAGAUUUAAAACAAUGAUUUAAGAGAGAGUAAAAUAUUUAUCAUAGAUAUUACUGUGCGAGUGUACAUAGUGUUUAAAAAAUAAUAUACCAAGAAUCGUGAUAACAAUGAGAAAAUCUUAAAAUGGUGAUUACGUAGCAUGAGUUGCUUUAUCAACGUCUUCUAUGAACAGUGACAAUGUAUUAUUACAUCUUAAUAAUUGAUCAGUUGCAACAAGGGUCAGCUAUUAAUCCGAAUUUAGGGAGCAACAUCAACGCUUUUUUGUUGUAUUUUGUUUUAGUUACAGUACCACUAAAAUGUUUAAACCUCAUAUCUUGACUGUAAAAAUUACAAAGGUGAUGUGUAUAGUAUUUUCUGGUUAUAUUUUCGUUUUGGACUACUACAUUUAGUGCGUACUGAAAAAUAAUAAUAACAAGGACAGGAUUUGGCUCAAAAUGUACCACAACUAUUGCCAUGGCCUACUGCUUUAAUAGAAGGGAGGCUCAGAGAAGAGGGAAACCAAACUGUUUGAAAACGUAUAGCCGAACAGAUUGAGGUCAUAGUAAUGAGUUCAUUUGCCAAGUGGAAUUAUGUCAUUGGUUUCCUUUUUGAAUUGAUCUUGAAUACUUGUCAAAAGAGCAUGUUGUAUUUGGGCACACUGUUGAGUCUAAAGAGCGGUUUGGGGUACCUAUAUUGAGUUUAAUGAAAUGGUUGGUUGAUGCUGACAAUGUAAAAGGAAAGCUAGUAAACAUUUCUCAGCCUUUAGAAAUAUGUUUAUGCCCCAUUUUAAUGGAUUGUUUCCCUUCCUAUUUUCUUAUUUUCUCUUUUCCUCCUCCCAGCUCCCCCAUCUCCCCCAUAUCCCCCGAAAGGAAAUUUAAAGAGGCCCACACUAGUUUAUUCUAUUCCACAGUGCCACUGGAUGUUAAGGUAACAUUGGUACUCAAUUAUUCAGACAGGUGAUCAUUUUAUUUUUCUCAGAGUUUGAAAAUACUUUAAGACUUUUGUAAUAUUAUCAUGUUUGAACGUCAUAAAGAGGAUAUUAGUGUAAAUAGCUUGUUUCUUAAAGAGAGAUAUACACACAUUCAAUCUUACCAGGUCUCCUUACAAAAAAACUGCAUGCAAGUACUAAAUAAUGUUAACUGAUUCAACCUAUUGGUUUUCCAAAUCAAUUAUUCCCUAGUUUUACAUUGUUCCAGGAACUAUAUCUGAUAAUGCACUUUGAUUUUCAUAGUUUUAUUUCUUGUUCAGAAAUUAUUAAUUUAUUCUGAAUAUUAAGCAUUAUCAAGGGAUAUAGGGUUAGUGCAGGAAAGUGGUGUUGAGGUAGAAGAUUAGCUGUGAUCUUGACGAUUGGCAGAGCAGGACAGAGGAACCAAAUGUCUGACUCCUACCUCUUAUGUUCUUAUAAAGCUUAACUGAAAAUGUUAUGGGCUUUAUUGCCAUUGCAAGCAUAUAAUCUGGUAAUACUGUAGAUUUUUGCCUUUACUGCCUGUGCAGAGAGAAUAAAGGAAGAUUGGACAGGUUCUUAGCAGGUUCCCAAUGAGCUCUUCACAGUUAAGUUAAAGGAAGGUGAAACAUGUGGAUUGUGUAAAAAUGUGCCAUCUUCCCUAACUGGCCACCCUCCUCCUGCUCUACCCAAGCAAUGCUUAGCAAAAAGGCAAAAAUAUAUCCCACUCUCUUUCACAACAUUACUUAGCAUGGUUCCACAAAUGGUGAAACAGUGUAAACAGUGCACAUUAAAUCAGUUAGUGUUAUAUAUCAGCUAUCUUUGAGGCAGAGACCUGAUUGCUACUAGUUAGCACCAGGAACCCAAGUUGAUUUAAUAAUGUUGUAGUGAAAAUUAUUUUAUAGAAAAUCCUUCUCUGCAUUGCCACCAAUGCAAAUAUAUCCUUAAGUAUUAUGGAGAUCAUGCUAUACACAGUACUGCAGGUGUGGUAUCACAAGUGCCCUAUAAAGUUGUAUCAAAACUUCCUACUUUUAUACUGCAUUCCCCUUGCAUUAAAGGCUAGAAUUCCAUUAACCUUCCUAUUUAUGUGCUGUAUCCAUAUGCUUUUUUGUGUCUCAUGUACUAGGACCCCCAGAUCCCUUUGUAGUGCAUCAUUUUGUAUUCUCUCUUUAAAAAUAAUUUGAUUUUUCAUUCUUCCUUCCAAAGUGGAUAACUUCACAUUUUGCCACAUAAAAUUCCACCUGCCAACUUCUUGCGUAAUCACUUAACCUAUCUAUUACCCUUUAUAGGCUCUUCACAACAUACUAACUCAUCAAUCUCUUUACCAUCAGUAAAUUGAAUGUAUCUGAUCCCUUUAUCCAAGUCAUCAAUAUAGAUAACAAAUAUCUGAGACCCUAUCACUAAUCCCAGUGGUACCCAUUAGUUACUGAUUUUCAAUCAAAAAUUACCUAUUUGUGCUUAGCUCUCCAUUUUCUGUUAGUUAGCCACUCCAUAUCUAUGCCAAUGUAUUAUCCACCCCUGUGCACUCUUACCUUGUGCAGUAAUCCUUUAUGUGACACUUUUCAAAUACCUUUUGGAAAUCCAGAUACACUACAUUUACCGGGUCCCCUUUUCCACCCUGCUUGAUACAUCCUCAAAGGCCUCUAGCAAAGUUGACAAACCUGAUUUCGCUUUUGUAAAUCCAUGGCAACCCUGCCUGAAUUUCUAAAUGUCCUGCUAUUACCUUCCUUACAAUGGAUUCCAGCAUUUUCACCAGUAAUGGAUAUUAGGCUAGCUGGUUUCUUGCUUUCUAUCUCCCUCCUUUUUUUAAAUAGUGGUGUUACAUUUGCAGUUUUUCAAUUCUCUGGGUCCUCUCCAGAAUCCGGGGAACUUUGGCAGAUUACAACCAACCUAUCCACUAUCUCUGUAACCACUUUCUUUAAGACCCCAGCCUGCAGGCUCUCAGGUCCAGGGGACUUGUCCCAUUAAUUUGCCUGGUACUUUUUUCUAUCAUUUUAAGUUCCUGUCUCCCUAUAACCCAAUGACUAAUCAUUAUUAUGAUGGUGGUUUUGGUGUCUUCUACCACGAAGACUGAUCCAAAGUCUUUUCCUUUUCCUUUUCCUUUUCCUUUCUCUAUAUUUCAUUAUUAAUUCCUCAAUCUAAUCUGCCAAAGCGCCAACAUUUAUUUUAGCGACUCUUUAUUUUUAUUUUACAUAUCUGUAAAAACUUACUGUCUGCCUUUAUCUUACUUGCUAACAUGCCUACUCUGUCACCCCCCUUCUCUUAUCUUUCUAGUUAUCCCUUGCUGAUUUCAGAAAGUUCACCACCCUCUGGCCUAUCAGUUAUCCUCACAAUAUUUUUUAUCUUUUUCAAGUUGUUGCCAUCCUUACCUUCCUCAGAGAGAUGGUGCAUCCUUCUCAUCAAGUCUUUCCUUCUCAACAGAAUAUAUUGUACCUUUGCUGAGUUUGAAUUAUCUCCUUAGCUGUCGGCUACUGCUGAUUUAAUGUCCUAUCCUUUAAUCUAUUUUCCCAGUUCAUUUUAGCCAAAUCCAUUUUCAUGCCAUUGUAAUUACCCUUGCUUAAGUUCAGGACAGGAGUUUCAGACCUGAGGUUGUCACCCUCAGAUUUAAUUUGAAAUCUCUCUGUGCUAUGAUCAUUUUUUUGGGAUCCUUUAUUGUGAGAUUAUUAAUUAAGUAAUCCUGUCUCUUUACAGAAUAAGAAAUCUAAAGUUGCUUGCACCCUGGUUCCUCAACAUAUUGCUCUAAGAAGCCACCUUGAGUACACUUAAUGAACUUGUCUUCAAAACUACUUUUGCCAAUUUAAUUUCUCCAACCCAAAUAAUAAUGAAAGUUGUCCAUUAUUAUUGCAGUACCUUUCUUAUAAACCUCCAUUAUUUCUUAAUUUAUACUCUGUCCUACAGUACAGCUACUGUUAGAGGUCCUAUCUAUUAUUCUCGCCAAUAACUUUUUCCCCUUACUGUAUCUUAUCAACAUCAAAAUUUAUUGUACAUCUUGAGCUUCUGAGAUGAUUUAAUUACGACAGCUGCAGUGAUAUUAUGCUUUAUUAACUGAUCCACCCCAACCCCUUUUCCUUUUUAUCUGUCCUUCUAAAAUGCCAAAUACUCCUGUAUAUUCAUUUCCCACCCUGAAUCGCCUUUUAACCACCUCUGUAAAGAUGCAUACCCAUUUAUUUCUAUUUGUGCUGUCAACUGAUCUAUCUUAAUAUGAAUGCUACAUGCACUUAGUAAAGAGUCUUUCAUUUUAUCUUAUCGUUCAGCCUCAUACUGGCAGAAUAAUCCUCCUGAAUUUUGUUCAGGUGCAACCCAACAAUAAUCCAAUUUCCUCAGUAAUCUGAAGCCCUCUCUCCUGCACCAUCUCAAUAGUCGCACGUUCAUCUGCUCUAUCUUCCUCGUUCUGUACUCACCAUCAAGUGGGACUGGUAGUAAGAUUACUACUUUGAAGUCCUGCUUUUUGACCUCUAUCCAAAUUUGCCAAACUCUACCUGUAGGACCACAUCCAUCUUUUACCUUUGUCAUGGGAACAUGACAUCUGGCUGUUAGGGUGAGGUUCAUACGACAAAUGCAUUAAUCAGAUAUUUUUAAUGCACACUGCCAAUAUUAUGUAUUAAAUAUAUGACCAACAUGAGGCUAAAAAACAACAUACGAACAUUAGAGAUUCGAAAUGAUAAAAUGAUAUUUUGGGCAAUCAAGUCCCUAUUUAGAGGCCACAUUCAACUAGUUUUGUGAUGUAUUCCAUGCAAAGUAAAAAUCCACCCCUCCUGAGGAAAUUUUUGGCAGUGCUUCUUUCUAUCUCCAAAGAUGCUGUUUUGUGAGAAGUAUGAAAAAAGGAAGUAUUCACGGUAGCUAAAGAAAGAACAGAACUUAAGACUAAUGGGUUCAGGUAAAUUGUGUUUGAGAGUAUAAAAGAAAACAGUGCUAAUACCUGCACAAAUGGUUUGUUAGGUAACUGUUAAAAUAUCAUGUCUAGUUUUGGGUGGCUUAUGAUAGAUAUUUAAGAUGAGGUUUGCUCAGUUAAAGAACGUCAGUUAAUGGAGGAAGUAAAGAAACUAACCUUUUCCAGUAGAAAAGUUUUAAGAGGCAUCUUAAUUUGAAAAUAUCCUUUUCCCCUUUGUGAUAUGCCAGGGCUGAGGAAAGAUUGGCCAUGCCAUUAACAUCAUCCGAAGUGUAACUAUUAAAAUUGUCGUAUAUUUUAAUUCCUUAUUAUCGCCUGAUGGCAAUGAUGUAAGCUUAGGUAUGUUUUCACAGAUGUUGUGAAACCAAUUGCAUCUGGUUCAAAUAACCAAUCCUUGUAGUUCUUCUAACCCGCCUAUUUAUUUAUUUAUGCCUUCUUUUUUCUUUAACUUUUUAAUUUGCAAUAUAUCUUGCGAAUGUGCCCUGAUAGGGCACACUACUGACUAUGCAUGAGUAUAAACAUUUUCAAACGCUGCCAAUAAAACUUCAGUCAAUAAAGUUUUGUUUAACCUGGAUUUACCACAGGAUUAGUAUUAGGCUAAAGACACUUUCAGAAAAUCUCAGUGCCAACAGAACUUUUAUCCAUCUAUUUUCUCGGCUGUACUGGAGUUACAGGUUUAGCCCUGAUAUUCCUUUUCUGCUGGCUUUAUCCGCAUUGAUCCUCUUUCCACCAUACUUUUUAGUAUUUUUUUAACUUUAAUAUUUCAUUGAUCUGUAUUAGUUGGUAAUUAUCACUGACCCAAGUUUUUUUGAGAGAGAACUUGUAUGUGUUUUGCAAAUUUUAGAUGUCAUGCCUAUCAUUUUCAAUGACAAACAUUUGCUUAGUCUUCUUGUGACAAAUUAGCAGAUGUAAAAGUCAUUUCAGCAUAGUUUUAUAUGUUUUUAAAAUGUCCUUUGGAUAGUAUUUCCAUAUUUCAGUGGAUUUAUUGAGAUAUCACAGUCCAGGUUGCUCAGGUGAAAUGAUUUGGUACAACUGCAGGGAGAUCAGAAUUUCCAGUGAUCUCAGACUCUGAUCUUGCUGGCGCAUAACCUAAAAUCGUUCACUGAGUUACCACUGCUUAAUUAUUCAUUGUGCAAUUUGACGACAUGAGGGGUGAGAGAGAGUGGAUAUACGAUGUGUGAAAAUGGCAGGUUUAUAAACAUUACUUGAAAUGGUAAAAAAUACAGAUCAUUAAAGAGUAUUUUCCAUGGGCAUGUCUCCUCAUCUCUUACAGGAGUCUGGCUGUUUUGUUAUCUGCUUAAGAACUUUGGGCUAUAACUUUCAUACCAAAAUCCAUCAACCAUUUUACUGAAGAAAACAUUUUGAAAGUUAGUCCACUAAAAUUGCUGAGUACAUUUCAGACUCAUGGUAGGAAAGAGAAGUAGCACAUUUCAUGAUGAAGGAUAUGUGUGUCACCUGGUUAGAAUCCUCCAAUUUGUGAGACAAUUAAUAUUUGAGUCACCUUUUCCCAAGUGAUUAUUGCAAUCAUUUUUGAUGAAGGGGAACACACCGGACCAUUUUCACAUUCUGACCUUAAUCUCAGGGUUGGAAAUCUGCUUGCCUAGGGAAGAAUCUUACAGUAAAUUGGGUCAGUAGGGGGCAGGAUCAAGUGCCCAUCUGCCUCAAAAGCUAAAAAGUAGGAGAUCUACUAUGGAGCACCAAAGAACCUUAAUCUCUACUUUCUAGAAAGAAAACAAAUUACCUUCAAGCCACAAUUUAAUCAUGGAUUCUUUUCAGGAUCCACAACCGCCUGCUUACCUGACACAUCAGCUACCAGUGAUCCACUUUGUUAGUGCAUGGCAAGGUACAUGGAAUUAUGGUGCUCAGAGUACCCAGCAGCCCCGAUGCUGCUAUUUUGCUACUACUCUGCACUGCUGGGACAUCUAUUGGUUUAAAUUAUAAUUUUAAAAUAAAUGUUCAAACCUGAAAAGAAUUUUACUGUAAAUAAUGGCUUGGGGUGAGGGAUAUCAAAUAAAAAGAAAAUUGUAAAUGCUGGAAAUGUGAAGCAGAAGCUGAAAAUGCUGGAAUUAAUAAACAGUUUAGUAAGCACCUGUAAACUCAAUAUGUAGGUCAUGGCAUGUGCGAUAUAUGUUUAUCAUCAGUGCAGGGAUGGUAUUAACAUUAAAGAGGACUGGAAGGAAAUAUGCAGUAAAUGGUAAACUAAUAUUUGGAUUGCACCAAGUAUAAAUUUAUAGAAAUGAUAAUUUCAAGGAAAAAAGAAGUAUUGAUUUGUAAUUGGUCUUCAGGUUCUGAAGUGCUAAUAAUCCCACUGGCUGCCAUACAGAUUGUUCUAAUUCCUUGACAUUCUGAGAGUGACAUUCACUUUUGAGCAAACAUUCAAGUUUCAAAACUAUUCACGCUUACCUCACUUCUAUUUAUUGAUAAGUGAAUCUGAAUGAAUAAAGAAUUUGGAACAAUCAAAUCUAAAUAAUCCAUUGAACCCUCUGAAAAUGUAGCUCUUCCCUGUGUUCGUUUCAAUUGGCUGUCCUUGCAUCCUGUUAACAUUCUCCACAGGUUGGCUAGUUUACUGGUAUUCCUGGAAUAUCGGUACCUCACAACGAUGUUGUAACCUCUCAGCAAUUGACUAUAUUGGUAUUGGUUUAUUAUUAUCAAAUGUACUGAGACACAGUGACUGUCCAAUUGUUGAUGAGGCAAAUCCUGUGGAAGUAUUUUAUAAGCAUGCAAGGCAAUGUGGGAGAUGACAUAGAAUCAAAGUUUGUGUAAAAAUAGCCAGCCUUCUGUUCCUUCUAUGUUAUUUUUGUUGAUUGUUAAUCUGUAAGAAGCUGAUUUUAGCCAAAUGAGUCUUCUUCUAUAACAAGUUUUGUUCUUAAAAAAAAGCCAGAUGCUGGUCUGGAAUAAUUUUCACUCAUAGGCAUAACACAUGGAUGCCAACUCCAAACAAGUGAGCCAUUAUGAUUUACACCUCUAAAUAAGUGCAUUCCCAUCUCCGUGUUUACUCUUUUUCAUUACAUAAUACUCCUCAUACUCCUUCCUCACGCAUACAGAUCUGCCAUGCAUAACCAUUUCUUCACCCAGCCUGCAGGUAAUAUAACAGUAUCAAUAAUUGAGUGAUAAUCUUGAGAAGUUAAAUAAACCAAGCACCAAAUCUAGGGAAGUGUGCAGGUCCUUUAGUGAAAAUUCAAAUUUUAAUUGUGUUCAUUAUGAAGUUCAUAUUAUUGGGCCAUAGCAAUGAAGCAGUGAUUUAUGGCAGCAGUUUGUGGUAGAUUUUGUGCCUUUUGAGUCUUUGCACAAUGAAUAAAUUGAUUCAUUCAAAAAUUUGUAAUUAUCAUUAGCUCUGUAAGGUUUAUUUUAACUUUAAAAUCGUAUUUUUGCACCAGUUUUCAGGGAUGUGAAAGAAGCUGCUUUGCAUUAAUGAGGCUGUCUAAAUCGGGUUAAUUCCUGUACUUUUUACUGCUGAAGAAAUGCUUUAAGGAUGUAUUGGGAGUUGCAGCAUUUCUAGUGGUGGCCUACGUGGUUUAAAAGUCAGGUGCUUUAUCCCCAUUGCUGAACCCAGGGUUCAAAAUUGAAGCUCCGUGAAGCAAAGAUUAAGCUGGGGGUAGUGGUUGGGGAAGAGGGACUAUUUCAGGUAGGGAAGAUUGUCAGCCAUUGUGCUUGAGCUGUUUUCAUCAUGAUUCUUAUAUUAUUUAACAAACGUGUUUUGCAUAAUUUCUGAGCAUGCCUUAGCUUGAUCCUGGAGAUCCGGCCAUGCUCCCAUUUAUGCCCAUGACAAUCAACCUGCAGCACAUUGGAGGCUCUCAGAAAGAAGCUCCAGGAAAUUUGGGCUCAGGGAUGUGCACAUUCUAUUGUUUAUCAUGGAAGUUUUUGAUUUGAUUGCAGUUGAAUUUCCACAAAGAAAGUGGCUGGUUUGUAAUCAAGAUUGUUUAAUUUAAAACAAAUGAGAGGACGAUCACUUGAUAAUGUUUUACUUAGAUCAUAAUUAAAAGAAAAGUAAAUAUGUAAAAGCUGUUGAAACUCAUGUAGUAUCAAGAUUGCCCAUCAUCUAAUCCUUUGCCAUUUAUUUGGGUCAAUUAUAUUACAAAAAAGGUGCAGAGCACCAGGGCUGAAAUGAUCCAGGGAUAGGCUUGUCUACAGUUGUGUUCAGCAGGACACAUGCGUCCAAGUGUACACGUGGUACAAGCCCACAUUAGCCCCCACGAAGAUAUGCUGCAUCUUCAAUUUCUAUACUGUGCUUGAAUUUUAAAAAAAAAGAAAAAAAAUUUUUUAAGCUUUUGUCUAUUGACUGAAUCUUGUUGUUAUUAUAUCAAAUGAUGUAUAUAGUCUGAAAAAAAAAGAAGCAUCUUAUUUACAGAAUGUCUGACCUCUUCCCUCCCUUUCUCCCCUAUUCAUUGAUGCUCUGGUCUUCAAUCUGCAUCUUUUCCAAAAAUGUCUACCCUAUUGUGUAAUGGAUUCAGCUGUAAUUUUUUUGGUGGCAUGAACUUGGAUGAACUAUCUUCAGUGUAAAAUUCGGAAUCGGUGGGGGGGAAGGGACAAGAAAGCCAUGUUAUGUUAUUUAUUUGUGAAACUGUCCGUUUGACAUCAUUGUGACAUUCUGACAUUCCAAA